AGUUAACCUUUCCUUUCUGCUCGUUAUUUUCUAUUACAAAAAGUGCAAGACAAACAUUUCUAUGUUAAUUAGCCUUUUAUCUAUCUUCCUUAGAAGCAUCACAAUCACUUGAUCUAUGGUCUGCUGAAUUUGAAUAAUUUAAUUGGUUGGUUUACCAUUCAGAAAGCAGCCAGAGAGGUCCCCUGCCAUGGCGCAGACGCAAUUGAUCGUAAGAACUCUAGGACAAGAGGCUAAAGGACAAGUAGGACAGAAUUGUAAGCCACACAUUUGAUCUACUUCCAUCAUUAUUGGCGAGUAAUUGAAGAAUUCCAACUUUGUGACGGUUCCGUCAUGGAAUGCCCCCACAGACAACCAGGCGGAACCCCACAAUCGGAGUUUGCAAACAACGGGAGCAUAUUGGAUGAAAUCAACAAGUAGAAAAUAGAAGGAGAACCAGGAAAAGUAAUCAGGUGGUGGCGACAAAAAGGGAAAAAAUAUGUAUUCACCUUGCACCAGAGAAGCCUCAGAAGUCUGCUUUCAUGGUUGCUGUCCAACACCAUUUUGUGGCCGGCCAGAACCCCAAACUGUGGCAUCCAUAACCAGUGCUGCUGCAUCCCGCUGUGACUUUGAAAUUGCCAUGGCUUCCUCUAUAUACAGAAAUUCUCAAUUCACCAACCAUGAGUCCCUCCCCUCAUUACAUGAAUCAUUCUCCAAUUUCAUCAAAGCAUUUCCACAAUAUUCUCUGACUGAGAAGGCUGACAAAAUCCGGGAACAAGAAUACUACCAUCUUUCUCCGUCCAAACAUGUUUGCCUUGAUUAUAUUGGCCAUGGCCUCUUCUCGUACUCUCAGCAAAAGAGUCACUGUGAGGCUUCUUCAAGUGCUUCAACUUCAACUUCUCCACCACUGCAUUCUAGUACUGCUUUUGAACCAUCCUUUUUUGAUAUUUCCUGUAAGUCAGUGAGCUUAAACUCUCAAUUACAAUAUACUGACCCAGAAUCAGACGUGGAAAACAAGAUCCAUAAAAGAAUUAUGGCCUUCAUGAAUAUAUCUGAAGAUGAUUACAACAUGGUUUUCACUGCCAAUCAGUCGUCUGCAUUCAAACUUCUUGCAGACUCUUAUCCAUUUGAAUCCCAUAGAAAUCUCCUUACGCUUUAUGACUAUGAGAACGAAGCGGUGAAAGUGAUGAUUGAAAGCUCAAAAAAGAAAGGAGCACAAGUGAGGACAGCUGAAUUCUCAUGGCCUACACUGAGAAUCCAGUCAGGAAAAUUACAGAAGAAGAUAGUUAGUAAGAAGAAGAGGAAGAGAGGGCUAUUUGUUUUCCCACUUCAGUCAAGGUUGACAGGAGCUAGGUAUUCAUAUUUCUGGAUGAGCAUGGCUCAGGAAAAUGGGUGGCAUGUCUUGCUUGAUGCAACUGCAUUGGGACCUAAGUAUAUGGAGACUUUAGGCCUCUCCCUCUUCAAGCCUGAUUUUCUUAUUUGCUCUUUCUUCAAGGUUUUUGGCGAGAACCCAUCUGGUUUUGGGUGUCUGUUCGUGAAAAAAUCAAGUACUUCAGUUUUAAAUGAUACUACUACUGCUUCAAGCAUAGGAAUAGUAAGGCUUGUUCCAGCUAUUAAACCAUCUCAGCACUCUGAAGAGUCUUCUAUUGCUGAUAUAGCAACCGGGUCAAAGGCAAAUCUAGAGCUUUCUCUUGCUGAUAUUUUGCGAGGUUCAUCCUCAAAAAACCCAAUAUUGAGUCAACACGUGAGCAGCAAAACUUCUGAAUUGCAUGAAAUUGAAGAGAUCACUGCAAAACAUAAAGCACCAGAGAUUGAGGAAUUAUUGGCAGCAUCUGAAUCCUCCCGAUUUAAAGUGAUUGACAGCAGCAUCAAUGGGAACCCAGAACUUGAAUACAGGGGCUUGGAUCAUGCAGAUUCAUUGGGCCUGAUACUAAUCAGUGCCAGAGCAAGGUUCCUCGUAAACUGGCUGGUAAAUGCAUUAAUGAGUCUCCAGCAUCCACAUUCCGAAAAUGGGCAACCCCCAAUUAGCAUCUAUGGACCAAAGAUAAAGUUUGACCGAGGACCAGCAGUGGCAUUCAAUGUAUUUGAUUGGAAAGGAGAAAAAAUUGAUCCUGCACUAGUACAGAAACUUGCUGAUAGAAACAACAUUUCUUUAAGUUACGGAUUUUUGCACAACAUCUGGCUCCCAGACAAACAUGAAGAAGAGAGUUGGACAUUGGACAAAAGAAAAAGCGGAGGAGGAUCAAUCUUAAAUGAGAAGAGGGAUAAACCCCAUUCUGGUAUUUCUGUGGUCACAGCUGCUCUGGGAUUCUUGACAAAUUUUGAGGAUGUUUACAGGCUUUGGGCAUUUGUUUCGCGAUUCUUGGAUGCAGAUUUUGUCGAAAAAGAGAGAUGGAGAUACAAAGCUCUUGAUCAGAAGAUAGUUGAAGUUUAGUUUACACUCAAUUCUUAUAUUCUUUCAUAUCAUUAGGAUCAAUUAUUUUUCCUGCAUUAUCAACGCAUAGGCUUAUAUAAAAACAUAGAAUCAACUCUCUCUACAGUAAAGAGAAUAACACUGAGUUAUGUCGGAUUUAGUAAAUUGUGUCACAGGGAAAACAGAAUGUAAAAUGUAAGUGAGAUGAUGACCAAAUUUUUUAAAAAUAAAGUAAAAUUCCAAAAA